AUGGCAAGACGAAGAGCCAAGAAAACUGUCAAGAAAUUACCGUCAUCUCCUGUGAAUGAUGUAAACGGUGCCGUUGAGACGGAGGCUCAAAUUGAUAAGGAACAAGCUGCUUUUACAGAUCAAGAAGUUGAGCGACAAAGUGCUGCGAUUAGGGCUAUUCGUGAUGUGGAAAUUGAACAUUUGCUGACCGAAGUGCGUUUGCUUCGCUCUUAUUUCAGUGAGGAACAACUGCAAACUUCAGCUCAAAAUUUUUUCAAAGAAAACCUUCCGAAUCUUUUAGUUGUUCGAAAUGAAGGAAACAGACAAUUUGAAAUGCAAUGGAACAAUGAAGACGGUAAUUUGCCCAUGAACCAAGGUGAUGGAAGCGACAUUCACACGUCUCUUCUGCGCCGCUUGUCCAUGGCUUAUCCAGACUGCUCUGCUGCUAUUGCAUCUUUGGGUGGCUUUCAGUUUUCGAGCAAAGCAGUGAAGACAAGCCUUGUAGGUGCUGCUAAUCUGCAAAUAAGUGACUUUGUUUUGGAGGAGCCAUCUGAUAGUCAGAUGCUUGGGAUGCAAGAUGGUCUACGAACUCCUGGGGUUUGUCUCUUCUUGGUCACUUGGGUUUAUAUUGCUUUGCAUAAAGUUUCACUCUUACUAAAACGUAACUUGUGUAAUACCUUGGAACCAAACUCUUUCCAACUCCAGGACCUUGAAGAAGCUUUUCAGCUGAUGCAACACAAAAUGCCUGCCAACAAUUACCAUUGCACCAUAGAUACUCCAAUGAAAGUGAGUAGCCAAAGGCUGUCUGUUGGGAUGACACUGAAAACACUGAGGUUGCCUAAGCCUGGUGAGAUGCUUUUAUCUGUCCAUGGCUCACCCCUUGGUGUCUACAAGGAAGAUAACAUGGAAGCAAUAAAUGAGUCAGAAGAGGGCUGA